UUUUAAUUGUUCCUCCUUCUUCUGAAGAGUGGUUUCCAGAUGUUGUAAUUGCUCUUUAAUAUUCAAAUACAUUUUAACAUUCUGAUACGUAUCAGAAGAAUUCGAGCUUAAAUUUUCUCCAGUAAUUUCAUCUAAAAACAGAUUUAUAAAUAAUAGUGCUGAAAUUUACGUGUUAACCUCAAGAUAAAGUUACGAUUUGAAAUAUACAUAUACUAUUAUAUUUUAAUAGUCAUUUCAGGUUUUCGAUAAAAUAUAUUUAAACCUUUAUUUAUUAUUUUAAAUGCUAUAUCAUCGGCAGUAGCAUGAUCAAGAUCUUCCAACAUAUGCACAGGAUUGGGAAUAUUAGGUCUUGGUGCAAUUUCUGCGUGUAUACAAAAGUAACCGGUAUGCCGCCAAAACGAGUUAAAGCUCGAAAGGCAGAUUCUGUAGAAGCUAAAGUUGAGAAAAAGAAAGGGAAAACAUUGAAAUCUGAAGAUGCAACUCCUAAACGAUCUAAACGCAGUGCCAAUGAUAUUGAGGAGCCUGCUGCAAAGCGAGCUAAAACAGAGCCAAAGCAAAUGAUGAAUAAGACUGAGUCGAACUUGGAUGAAAUCAAUUUUGAUUGUGAUAAAUUAAAUGCAGAAGGAAAUAAAUAUAAUCUUAAAAUUUCUAGUUGGAAUGUUUCUGGAAUCAGAGCAGUUCUUAAGAAAAAUGGAAUGAAAUACAUUGAAAAAGAAGAUGCAGACAUAGUAGCAUUGCAAGAAACUAAAUGCGAUAAAGACAAAAUACCAGAUGAAGUAAAAUUAACUGGAUAUCAUCGUUAUUUUCUUGAUAGUAAAAAACCUGGAUAUUGUGGAUUAGCACUGUAUUCGAAAGAGAAGCCAAUUGAAGUAAAAUAUGGCCUGAAUAACAGUGAAUUUGAUAAUGAAGGCAGAUUAAUUACUGCAGAGUAUCCAAACUUUUUCGUUGUUAAUGUUUAUGUUCCUAAUGCUGGUCAAAAAUUAGUAACAUUACCAAAGAGAUUACAGUGGAAUCAAGUUUUUAAGACCUAUAUUAAAAACCUAGAUGAAAAAAAGCCAGUGAUUAUUUGUGGUGAUAUGAAUGUUGCUCAUCAAGAAAUAGAUCUUACAAAUCCAAAAACAAAUACAAAAAAUGCUGGGUUCACUAAGGAAGAACGAGAAGGUAUGACUGAUUUUUUGCAAGAUGGAUUUGUUGAUACAUUUAGAGCCCUGUAUCCAGAUAAAACAGGUGUUUACACAUUCUGGUCGUACUUUGCAAAUGCACGUAGUAAGAAUAUCGGAUGGCGACUGGACUAUUUUUUGCUGUCAGAACGAAUUAAAGAGAAAGUUUGCGACAAUGUUAUAAGGGACAAGGUCUAUGGUAGUGACCAUUGCCCAAUUGUUCUUUAUGUGAAUAUAUAAAAAGGAAUUGUUUUUUGUACGUGAACUUAAAUUGUGUGUAAUUACAGUCGAUCAAUUUAAUGCACAUCAUGCAUAUUACCAUACAUCUGUCUUAUCUUCCAAAAAUAAACUCACAUUUAGAAAAAA